AUGACCAGCGGUGCUUGGAAGUGUCGGCAGCGAGAUGACGGCUUAAAAAUCUGGUUUGCUCCCCGCGAGAACGAAAAGCCAUUCACCGACUCCGAGAGGGCCCAGCGAUGGCGACUGUCCUUAGCGUCCCUCUUGUUUUUAACGGUUCUGCUCUCUGAUCAUUUGUGGUUCUGCGCCGAGGCUAAACUGACAAGGACCCGCGACAAGGAGCCGGAGAAGUUAGCAUCAAUGGACACAGGCGCGUACCCAAGCGCAAACCACAAACCCAACCUCCAUUUAGCACACAGCAGCCUCAGAAGAAAUGCUAUUUUUAUAGAGAAUUCUACCAAAACUUGUCACCUGGAUAGUUUAUCUAAAGACUGCUUUACUUUUGUCAACGCUGACCACUUGUGCAGGGGCCUUUCCGUAACUGAAGGGACACGGUCGGUGAAUAUAAGCGAUUUGUAUCUUUCAUUUUGUAACUACUAUUCUCUUUUGGAUUUGCUUUACGGGUCACCAAGUCCUGAUAAUUUGACCUGCAGUUUAGACGUGAUAAUGGAUGGCGAUUCAGACAAAUGCAGCUUGUGCGUCCAGGCGUACCAACACUACGACCAGCACGCUCUGGAGAGAUACGAGGAAUUUGAGCUUAUGGCAGACAAAUACGAGACGGAUGUAUACUCAGUAAGGACGUGCAUGGAUGAAUGCAAGAUGGCAUACAAAUCUUGGCUCUGUGCUCAGUACUUCCAGUCCACACAGAGCAAAUGCAGCAACAAGGGGUCCUGCCUGAAAUACUGCCUGAAAGUGCAGCAGAGGUGUCCCUUCAUAUUGCCUGACAAUGAUGACCUUAUACACGGGGGAACUCCUAGUUUUAUAUGUACAGGGCUUUCAGAGGAACUGCAGACUGAUCAGGAGUCAGAGUGCUGCGACGUACGAUGGGAGCUAAAAUCCAACAACCACUCCCGAGCUUUCAAAAGGACUCACCCUUCAUGCCACCACACGUCCGCCACGGCGUCCGGGGGGGCGCCCAGGCUGGGGAGCGGCCGUCUGAAGCUCUGCCUGCUGGUGCUGGUUCUCCUGCACACGGUGGCCACCAUCACCGCUGCUCAGAACUCCACGGGCCUGGCCGCUAUACUCCCCCUGGAGGACAACACGCCCAGGGAGGAAUGA